AUCAUUCGUAGUUGUCAUUUAGACUUGCGUGUGAGAAGAUGACUGGGAUUUCUGAGGGAGAGAGCGUGAGCCUUGACCUUCUCAAGAAGAAAAUGGCGGAGUUCGCCAAGGAGAGGGACUGGGAUCAGUUUCACAGCCCAAGGAACCUCCUCUUGGCUCUGGUGGGGGAAGUAGGGGAGCUGUCAGAGAUAUUUCAGUGGAGAGGAGAGGUGCCAAAGGGGCUGCCGGACUGGAAAGAAGAGGAGAAGCAGCACUUGGGGGAAGAGCUCUCGGAUGUUCUUCUAUACCUUGUGAGGCUCUCUGAUAUCUGUGGCAUUGAUCUUGGAAAAGCUGCACUUCGCAAGGUCGAUCUCAAUGCCAUCAAGUACCCAGUUUCUAAAACCAAUCUCAAUAAUGAAGGCUCUCAGAGCCAUUGAUGGAUAUUCUCGUCUGGGAAUAUGUCUGCACUGUUCUCUUUAGGGUUCUUUGUACUAUUAAAGCUUUUGGAUUUUCAUUGCAUGGAGACUAGUAUGGCUGGCUGCUUUUUUUGCAUUUAUUUGUCACUGUUUUUGCUUGUUAAAGAAUCCUUCUGACAGAUGUGUGAUAUGGGGGUGAUUUUAUUUGGUUUC